AUGAACUCGUCGCUCCUAGCCUUUAUCGCGCUCCUCGCGGCGACGGCCGCCGCCCCGUUUACGUUGACCAAUGAAGAUAUCAACGACGGCAAGAUCCGUACUCCUGAACAACUGCAAGCCAUCCAGGACGACGGCGACGACAACCGUAAGUGCCACGAUGCCUACUCGGGGUAUUUGCCGGGCCUCAAGCCAGGCAACUACCGAGCCAGCACGUUCCACAAAUGCUUCCGUACGUCGACCCAAAUCAAUGAGUACUUGGAUGCCUUGGUCAAGCAAAACCCGUCGGUGAUCACCAAGUUCCAAAUCUCGGAAACUGUGCGCAAGCAACCUAUCUGGGGGUACAAAAUCAUAGGCAAGGCCGGUGCCAAGGCCAAGUCGCUGUACUUUGAAAGCUUGAUCCAUGCCCGUGAAUGGACGACCGGUGCUUCGACCGUCUACACAAUCUCGCGCAUCCUCGACGACUUAAGCAACGGCAAGAACUACGCCCUCGACUUAUACAACUUGUGCUUUGUCCCGAUCGUUAACGUCGACGGGUACGACAUCUCGUGGACCGCCGGUAAGCGCUACCAGCGAAAGAACGCCAACGACGUUGACUUAAACCGCAACUUCGUCAGCUUCUACGCGAACCCGAACCCCCCUAAGCCGGGUGACCAAACGUACCCUGGUCCGUUCCCGUUCAGCGAGCCCGAGACCAAGGGCAUCGACGCGUGGAUCAAGACCCACAGCGACGAAUUCGCCGGGUAUGUCGACAUCCACGCGAACGCUCGCUCCGUAUUGGUCCCGUACGGUGACACCCACCAGCCCAUCGGCGGAGGCGAAGAUGAAAAGUUUGCCAUCUUGGGUGAAAAGGUCAAGGACGCGCUCAACAACGUGACCAACAACCCGAAAGAAUAUAUUUGGGAAAAGUCAGGUCAGCUCUACUUGGCGUACGGGUGCUUUGAUGACUACUUUUACCGCACGUACAAGCAGCCGACGAUGACGUUGGAAAUGACGGGCGCCGACUUUGUUGUGCCCUACACCGCGAUCCCGACCCGCGGCGACGAAAUCUACUACGGCAUGUGGCAAUUCGCCAAGUCUGUAGCCGAAUUCAACGGCACGGCCCCCACCGCAGUCCCGACCACCGUCGUCUCGACCACCGUCGUCUCGACCACCACCAAGCCCGCCUGCUAA